CUUACUGUUGCAAUUGUAGCUAUGGAAACUGGUCGAUGGCAACAUCCACCAGUUUUCUCAGUCGCUCCCUCUUUCUCUCUUUCCGUGUCCCCCCAUCCUCCUUGUACCUUCUGCGAGGUGGCGAGCGUGUGUGCAAGCGCGAACGACAAAUGAGACGCUGCAAGAUGGCGAUUGUGCGACUGAUAGCGUGUUGUGUGUUGUGCAUCAGCCUCGGCCACAUCCCAUCAUCGCUCGCAGUAAUCCUCCGAACCACAGACAAAAUCGUGUGGGCAAAUGAGUUUGAGCCCGUCGAGCUGACCUGCUUAAUAGAGUCCAUCUCCACCAACAACCCGAGGAUUGAGUGGAAGAAGAUUAGAAAUGGCAUUCCAAGCUAUGUUUACUUCCAAAGGAAGAUAGCAGGCGACUUGGAGAACAGGGCACAGCUCAGAGAGCCGGCCAACAUUCUGAUCUUCAACACCACUCGCUCAGAUACGGCCGAGUACCGCUGCGAGGUGGCCGCCAUCGACGAUCAGAGGGACUUUGAUGAGAUUCUUAUUCGUCUUGCAGUGAGAGGUGUGUGAAAUUAAACAACCAAGAAGCAAGCCUAUGCCCCAAAUAUGACUUGUGAGCCAGUUGUUCGGAAAUUUGAGGAAUUGUGACAUCACAAUAGGGCAA